GGUGAUGACCAACAGUAGAAGAAGAAGAACCAACAUGGCGGCGUCCUAGCGCAGCUCGUGAAGAAGACGACAGUUACCUUCCCAUAUUCCUCCCCAACUGCAGCUAGAAACAAAGAGGAGAAGCUGAACAGAAAGCAAUAUGCUCCCAAAAAAACCGAUGUCUUUUUUGUUUUCUCGGAACGUUUUUCUCAGCAUUUCUAAACGUGUCGGUGCUAAUGCGGGACCCGGUCCCCGCCAUGGCCAGAGAAACUUCGGUAUUAGCCGCUGUCUGACAGCCAAGCCCCCGCUGACCCGGAGAGUCAGGGAGAAGGUGGAAAUCCCCGGGCUGGAGCAGGUCACCUAUGCGGACAGAUUGCACUUUGUCCCGGGGUUGGCUAAGCCCGUCUUCCCGCGGUGGGAGCGGGACUACAAAGACCCGAGAUUCUUCAAGUCUCCGCCCGCUCAUGAGUUGCCGCUGUUCAAGGAGAAACCGUGUUAUGUGUUCAACCAGAGGACCAGUGUGCUGGAAGGUGUGCGCCAGGCCCUGUGGCUGACCAAAUCCAAAAAGAUCUCAGGUCUGCCUCCUCACCUCCUCUCAUUGGCUCAGAUGCCUGAAAACCAGCUGCCAGAUCAGGAUCGGCGUGUGCAGGAUGCCAUCAAACACGCCCGGUUCUGGGAUACCACAGAGCCCCGAACAAGCAAAGAGAAAUACAGCCACACGUUGCUCCUCAACCUGCUUCACUUAUGUGCAGCGCAACGGUCUAGUCACCCGGCCAUCGGGAGGAGGAUCCUGGCUGAGAAGUAUUCACUGGCUGCCACUUGGAGGAGAGGUGAAGACCUAUUCCAGGUCAGGGGUCAGAACGGUUUACUGCAAUGCGCCAUGGAUCCUCUCCCAGGGGUCUGUGGGAAAGACGAAGUGGUUGGAACGUCGGAUCACAUCUUGGAAACCUUCUACCCGGUGUCCCCCACCAUCGACCUGCAGCAAGUAAACGUUUACCAAGAGGAUGUAAACUGUACAGGGUUCAUAGGGGACUACGCCUACCCUCAUGCCCACACACUCUACCUCCUGGAGAUAGAGGAGUCCGGCUUUAAGCUACUACCUGAGCAGUUCAGAGCCAAGAUGGUCAUGUUCUCAUUUGGCAACGCCUUGGCCCGUGCACACAAACUGUUUGGCACUCAGCCCAGGAGUCUGUUGGAGCAUCCAAUCACAGUACAGGCGGUGGGGACCAAUGGCAGAAUUUUUCAGUUCCUCGUAUUCCAGCUCAACACCACGGAUCUCUCUGGAGAUGAUGGCAUCAAGAACCAGGUGUGGCUGGAUGAAGAUGCUGAGCUGUAUGAUUUUGCAAAGGUGCGACCACUCAUCAAGAAGAAGCAGGUGAAGGUUCCAGCAGGUCUGGCAGGAUACAAACCUGAAACCUUCAGUAAAUUCCUGGCCUUGUACCUGCACGGAGCUGCUUAGGGCUGCUGUUCGACUCCUACAUCUGUGCAAAUGGACUCGCGCUUGUGCAUUUGAGAUUUAAAGCUGAAAACUGUUGUCAGACAGUGAGUUUGUAACUGAAUCUGAAACAUCUUCCUUCUACAUCACCACCAUCUGUGUAAAACAUCUGCUGCAAGUAAAUAAACAGUCUGUGUAACGAAGUGAUCCGGCUCACAUAACAAAAGACGGCCAGCAUCAGGUCUCUAGUGAGCUAGGUUAUAGAUUAGAAGAUGACCCAUAUAUUACAUUUUUUCAAUAUCGGCAAAAUAAUUUUUAAAUACCAAUUAAAAAAAUAAAAUCGGGCACCUGUGUGGCCAACUGCCACCACUACUAGACUGAAGAAAGAACCCGAAGAACCCCAACACUGUAUGGUUUUAUGUUCUGAGAUUGUUUUAUGUUGGAGGUUCAAUAAAUAUUAAAGAGAUUUAUUGACUAAUUUAUAUUGCA